UACAUCAUCAAAACGUUCCCUUCAUUAAGCAUACCCCAUAACUCGACUAUCCUCCUAUCACCACCACCAUCGCGCUCGUUAAAAGUCGACCCUUAAUCCUAGAGACCUACCGACAGGCUCAAAUAGUUAAACAUUCCGCAGGCUCGGUCGCAAUAACUCGCGCUAUCGCUCAUUAAGAUACUGAACGGAUUCGAAAAUGGUCACUGAACCUCGGCGAACCGACCUGGGCCAUCUAUAUUCAUGAAUUCGUCAGAAGAUAUACUCCGUUAACAACCAUGGAUUACCAGCGCCAAAAUGGCGGACCCGGCUUUGGCCGUGAUUCUAAUAGAGCUGAAAGAUUUGAGGACGAGAAGAGGCGCAUUGUGGAAAGUUGCUUCAACAAGAAGGAUGUUGAUGGGUCAAUACUCGAAACAUAUAUUACCCAUAUUAGAAUAACUGAGUAUUCUUCCCACCCGUCCUCACCUCCGCCGCCCGAAGCACGAUCGCAGUCCGAAAAACCUCGAGUCAUCAUUGUGGCAGUGCGGAAGUCAGGCCGGGUGCGCAUGCACAAGUCCAAAGAGAAUGUAAACGGCUCAUUCUCUAUUGGAAAGACCUGGGACUUAAACGAUCUUAGUGCUAUCGAGUCCUUUACUUCUUCGAAUUGCGAUCCGCAGAAACGAGAAUGGGCUGGUGAGACCGGGUUUGUCGUUAACGUCGGGAAGCCUUACUACUGGCAGGCCCAAGCCGACAAGGAGAAGAAAUUUUUUAUUGCCAGCCUCAUCAAGAUUUAUGGGAAGUACACAGGUGGUAGCGUACCAGAGUUGAAAGGCUUCGACUCCCGCGAAUUAGAACAAGUUUUAGGGUCACGAAGGCCACCACCAGGUCGAGUACCUACUUUACCUACUUCAGAAUCGAGUCCCUCGUUGCGAACUGGCCCUACUCCUACACCUCCUCCUUCAAGGCCAAUUGCCACUCCCCCACGAAUGGAACCUAAAAUCUCAAGACCCGAUCUCACACAAUCUCAACCCAAUAUUGCACCUAUUCAGAACAAUGUUCCUCCUGCAGCCACCAUUAGCGGAUUCCAACCCUUCCGCCCUAAUCAGCCUCCUGGUUCACCUGCGCGUAAGCUAGCCCCUCCUAACGGAACUUCUUCGCCAGCACCGUCACUCGGUGCAGACUCCGCUCGCACAGGGAACCAAACUGCCGCUUUACGUAGACUAGCUGGGAAUAAUAAGAGUCAAGAAUCCAUAGCAGCUUCUAUUUCUACAACGAGAAGUGAUGAUACUUCAAGCAUACCGCCGCGAUCAAGGGGAGGGUUAGCUGGGCCUGGUGCCUUGGGUAGAUUUGGUGAUCCUUCUGGGUCGACUUCACAAAUGGACUUACCUGAUAGGAAAAGACCGCCAAUGGAUCCGACGAGGCCGAAAGAAACCACAGAUGAUGACCUUGUACCAGCACCAUUAAUGAGCCAGGGAAUGCGAAGGGAACCACCGCCAAGAAAUACAGAUCGGAUGUCGCCCCGAAAGAAUUCCGCCGACAGUAGGAUGGAGACUGGCUUUCCCGCGGUGAAGCAAGCACCGGCACCGGCACCGGAGCCUAUUCCUGAUGUUCCCUCGAGUCCAGUAGAUAGAACAAAUGGCACGGCAUCUGCAUCUGGAUCGGUUGUCGAAACUAAGGCACCCGGAUCACCGCCUGCCAGUCCACCGGUGAAAGAGGAGACCCGUCCAGGAUUAGGACCUAUGAUUAAGCCGAAGUCUCAGCGCGAUCUGGCUGGGGCCUUGUGGAAAGCGGCUUCGGCAGCAGCAGCAUUUAAACCGCGGCCUGGCGGAGCUGGGGAGCGAUUGCGCGAAAUGCAAAGCAAGACAAACCUCAAUGGUCCGGACGGAAUAACGAGCGUCGUCCCAGCACCGCCAAGACCAGAACCCAAGCCGGAAAUUCCCAAACCUUUAGACCUUGAGAAGAAGCCCAUUGAUAAAGCUUCCCUCGUCCCUGAAGUGAAGGUUACGGUGCCUAAUUCCAGCCGGCCGACUAGUUUACAAGCUUCCGCCAAAGAAAAACGGAGGCAGAGUAUGGAGGCAGCUCGUCAGCAGGAAGCCUCGCGACGCCUAACCGUAGCCGGUAAUGAUACAAAAUACCUAUCCGCUCUCGGCGUGGAUACGAAUCUAUUCCUUGAUAAGACCUCAGAAUUUGCUAGAUGGCUAGAUCACUUUGGUUGGGUGCCUGGUGAGCAAAUGCGAGGUCGUAAUUUCGAGGAGAUGAAACUUGAUAUAGACCGGGAGCUUAAUAAAGCUCAGGCUGGAGGUUGGGUCGUCCGAUUCCAAGAAGAGGAUGAUCGAGUGGAAGCAAUUAAAAAGGGUCUUGAUGUUGCCAUCGCAGAGUGUGAUGAGCUCGACAACUUACUAACUUUAUACAGCGUGGAACUAUCUACAUUAUCCGAUGAUAUCGCAUACAUAGAGGCGCAGGGCCAGGGUCUGCAAGUACAAGCAGCAAAUCAAAAACUACUUAGGAAAGAGUUGGAAUCUCUGCUUGAUACAUGUGCCAUCACCUCCGAUGAUCUGCGAGCUCUUACGACAGCACCCCUCGAGACGACCUCAGGCCUUGAAGAAGUCGAGACAGCGCUUGUUACCUUGUACAAGGCGAUGAUGAAAAUUGACUCCUCUGCCGCAGGAUCAGAGCUUCGAAAGAGCGAAGACGCAGGACAAAAUUCUACUCUCAAUACUGAUUACGGCAAAAUGCGUAUCGUCCAAGAGAAAAAGGAGAUGUACCGUGCAGAAAGCGUAGCAUUCCUCCAAAGAUUCAGUGCUUUCAUGUCCCGGCGAUUUGAUGAGGCAGCCCAGGAAAUCAGGUCGGCCGUAGACGGAGCUUUAUCAAAAAAGAUAGAUCCCGCACACCACGACAUCGGGCGAGAGUUGCUCUGGCAAUAUAGUCCUCUUAUACUCUACGCUAGGGAGGUAAACCUUGAAGGUUGGAAUAAGUGCUUACAGGUAUACCAAGAGAAGAAUCUCCCGCUCUAUAAAUCGAGAUUCAAGGACAUACUCGAUUCGUGGAAGCGGAAUGCCAGGAAGCCUUCGGGUGACGAAGCAGAGCUUCUCUUCACUGCCGAAAUCGAGAGACAGCAGGAAGGCACAAUGGCUACCGCCAGAAAGAUCACCGUAAAACGAAGCCAGACUCUGGCUAGGAGCUUGCGGGGUCCCCUUGGCGACGGUAGUAAGACGAACCUUGACAAAAUUUCGGACGGUCGUAAUCUACCGUACGAAGUAUUUGCAGGCAUGAUGGAUGACCUUGUACCCCUUAUCGAAAUCGAGCAAAACUUCAUCGUUGAUUUUUUCCAUGCGACCACUUUAGAGACAGCGGAUUUUCCUGAUCUUGUGGCUGCGUCAAAACCACGAGAUCGACGAGGCGGUGACCUGAAACGACACAGGCUGAUGGAACCUGACCGGGAAUUGGCUAGGAGAGUAACACGAGCCAUGGAAGCAAUAUUCUCAUUCUUGGAGCAAGACUUGCAGAAUACGAUCGACUGGGUGUUAUCGCAGGAUCCAUUACAAGGAGUCGGCAUUCUCGCAGUACUCGAGCACAAGCAUCUAGAAAUAACGCAGUCUAAUCAAGAUUUCUUAAACAACGUGUUGCAGAAGCUUCACGGUAAUCUCGAGGGGCGUUUCACGAAAUUCGUGGAGGGGCAGAUUCGUGCAAUCGAGGAUACGAAGGUUAAGAUUAAGAAACGCAGGGGUGUAAUCUCCUUCAUGCGAGUCUUCCCCCAUUUCUCAAAUGCUGUGGAAAUGAUGCUAGUGACAGUCGAUACGAAUUCUUCUGUUAGAAAAACUGUAGACAGAGAGUACGACCGUAUCAUCAAGACUAUGUUCGAUUCCCUUAAGGUUAUUGCUCGCGAGAACCCCUCCACUCUCACAAGUAGCGGAGCCGAUCCAGAGGACAAGGAAGCGCUGAACUACCAUAUCCUCCUUAUCGAGAAUAUGAACCACUUCCUUGAGGAGCUCGAUACUCAUGGUUUGGAGAUACUCGAAGACUGGAAAGAAGCUGCGGCAGGCGAAAUGAGCGAGCACAUGGGUCUUUAUCUCAAUGCAAUCAUGCGCCGACCGCUGGGCAAGUUGCUCGAAUAUCUCGAAAAUAUCGAAGCGCAACUCGCCACGGGAAAGAGUCCCGCAAUUGUGGCCGCACAACCGAGCAACGCAAGGGGGACGUUCAAUAAGAUCCUCAGCGGCUACGAUGCUCGCGAAGUACGCAAAGGUGUCGAAGCAUUGCGAAAACGAGUCGAAAAACACUUCGGCGACGCUGACGACCCAAGCUUAAGCCGUGGUCUAGUCAACAGGGUCCUCCGAGAAUGCGAGAAGUACUAUGGAGAAAUCGAGGUUCGGAUUUCCACAGUUACAACAACGGUAUACGGCGGUGAUGUGCUAUUUGAAUGGCCUCGCGCCGAUGUAAAGAGUGCCUUCGCCACUACCGGUCGGUAGGUCGGACCGAGUGACUGGAAGCACACAUCUUCUCUCGGGCGCAAGUCGACAAGCAGCGGACGGUCCCGUAUUAUAACAUCGAUGGAUGGUUGGCAUGAUGGGAGUUCGGGCGGUAGUACAUAUUCACGAUAAUUGUAUAAGAUGACUGAUUCAUCCAUGCGUGACUCUACCGCGUGUUGCGAGAAAAUUGCAGACUAGGUGUACGAAUAGCUAUAUACCUGGAUCCUUCACUGCUAGCAAUUAGGUUAAAGGGUUAUAUCUAUUCCUACGUCUUCUAAUUCUUGCGUAUCAAUCUCGAAUUCUAUAUGGUAUGAGUUUCGACUUGACGUUGAUACGAUAAUGGUAACCACUAGGAACAACACAACCCAGUCACUCGUAGGGGGUAAAUAGUAAGAUCGUAACUAGAUCAUUAUGCUAGUGAACUUGGCAUGGG